CUGCAGAAGGUGAAGGUUUUUGCAGCCGUAUAUCGUUUUUUAAGAAAUGCAGUUUUAGCGUAUUCGUUUGACGGGCUUGUUGUCGUUUCGUUGCUUGUUAUCUGUUCUUGUGCGUAUUUCAAGAGAGUACCAAGGGUUCAUUCUUGGCUGCUGAACGAACGGAAGGGCUUUCUUGGUGUAUUUUAUAAGGUUGGUUUGAACUCUAAUUUAAGUCGGAUGAUGUUGGACACUUUUUUUUGGUGUGGAGGUAAUGUGCUUGCCAUUAUUGAUCAUUUCUGA